GCACUUAUCCAUCUGUGGGAGUCAACCCUCAAUUAAAUGCAUGAGUGAUCCAUGCAGCUAUAGAUGCUUUAUAGAGCUAUUGAUGAGUGCAUAUGUCGAUAUUUCUAACAAAGUCAGUAUCAUUCAAGCUUUAGUUGAUCUAUAGACUAAAUGGCUAGCAGUCAAGGAAACUGGAGAGCUGGCAAUGAUCAUAAUGGGAAGCCACAUAUGAAGUCAAAACCUGUGUUGAGAGAUCUGUUGCAGGAUCUUGAAUCCUUCGUUAACUGGCAACUGCUCAUAGAGAAACUUGAAAGCAUAGAAGGAAAUUUCCAGCACAAUAUUGAUCGACAAAAGCUUGAGGCCUUUGACAAGUGGUUGAGGAGGAAACCUGAUGCUUGCUGGAAGGAUGUCAUUGAUGUUCUGUAUGAAAUGGAGGAGAUCACUCUGGCUAGUAGACUUGCUAAGAAGUAUGCCUGGGAAGAUCCAAGGGUACGAAAAAAUGUUUUCGUAAACUGGGGCUCAUUAAGUGCCUCAAACGUUGCUCGCAUCACUGCCACAAGAAUAGGUGAUAUACCACAUCGGAGAUUUCUUCCUCAACUUGCUCCUGGACUAGAAUACUACACCUUAGAAGAUGAAUCAGUACAACCAAUGAAUGAAAGAUCAGCAGCAGUAAGGACAGAGCAAUUGUCACGUCGCUUACAGACUGAUCCACGCCCCUACAGUCUGGCUGAUUUUUUUAAGAGCAUUGAAAAUAGUAACAGUAAGGGCAACUUCAAAGUUGGACUUGAAGCAAGGUUUGGACAUUUGUACUGGAAACUGGAACCAACAUGUGUACUUCCCGCUAAUUCAACUAGCCAGGAAUGGAUCAGAUCCAAGUUGCUCAAAAAACGGGCAUUUACCUCUGAAGUGGAAGAAGCUGAUGUUGAGCAAUUGUUUGUGGAGAGAGAACAGCUUGGGAAAGAGGUCACUAAAAUAUCUGUGACGUUUGUAGUAGAUGGUCAAGAUGACGAGAUCUAUUCAGCUGCCAUUUCUGCUAAUGAAAAGGGUAACGAAUUUCGCCUGGAUGCUGUGUACAGAAAACAACCGCUUGAAAAGAGAGCAAGAUUAAGCAUUGCUUUACCAGGACGGAAGUAUGACUUGAGAAUAUCUGACUGUUCCGAAUGUAUGCUGACGGAGCACCAAAACAGUAAUCCAUAUCAGAUGGCCCUAACCAUUUCUAAGGCAUUAUGCAGACUUCCUGAUAAAAGACUUCGUGUCAUUCUCCGUGGAUCAUCUCCAAAUAAUGAGAGUUCUUGGAAAGUCAAGUACAUUCGACAGCGUGUGCAAAGGCAGUACAAAUGGAAACCAGAGAAAAGGUGGAUUUUGGCCCGGUACGAUGUUGAUGUGCUUGACUAUGAAAAAAAUCAAGCUGUUGUCGACAUUGCCCCACUAAAUAAAGGAGUAGACAUAUUGGAGUUUGACUACUCAAGAAAAGAAGUCGAGUUUUGGGGUCAAAAUAUAUACCCAAGUAAUGUCAGUGACACUCAUCCCUCACGAGACAAGUACUACUACAUGGAAGGGAUUGAGGGAGUGGGACUGCCUGGGGGGGAACUCAGGGAGCCGUACAAUUGGACCACUGAGGAACUGUUGAGAGAUUUCGAGGAGUUUCUGGGAGAUGCAUUCAAGAUUGCUCACAUCCUCAAUGGAUCUCCUUACUAACUAUAUGUCAUAUAAAGUGCAUGGUGAUGAACUAGUCAGCGCUAUAGUCAGUAGAGCUUAAAUAAUACCAUUACCAUAAUAGUCAGUUCUGUAUAGUGAUCUAGUGAUGUGCGCAGAAUCAAGUGGCUAUUCAUUUCAAUCCCCAUUCAAAUUUACCUAUUCUUUUUAUAGCCUAAAUAUGUAGGUCUAAGACAUAAAGAGGUAUAUGUAUUUUUGUUCAUGAGAUCAAUCUAGCUCUGAUGCAUGUAUAGUGCUCAUUGAAAAAGUAUUACAACAGCUCUGUGCUUUUGCAAGAUUUAUAAUAGACUUUAGCUGAUCAGAGGUGUAGACCUAGUGUCACAUGACUGCAUUCUUUUUUAUAUAACCCAUUUUUUCUUGCCGGCAUUUAGUACCUAUACUGAAAGCAAAAACUAGAAAUUACUAUAUACCAAUGAUAAGAACAUGCACGUAUUAUAUGCUUAAAAAUGUACAGUACCAGCAUGCAUGCAGUAUAGGUGUAGUCAAGAGUAGAUAAGAGUAAGAGUGUUGAACUGCUGUAGUAAUCGUGGAACCGCAUUUGCCUUGACAUGCGUCAUCACUGUCGUCACUAUUCAAUUAAAAUGAGUGCUGUUAAGUAAACUGUGGUCUGUGGUUUGUAGCACUGAACUGUGCAAUCGCAGCAUGUGGUUUCUGGGAAGUGUUGCUAACAUAACUAAUCAGUACUGAUUACUAUCAAGUGAUGACACAGGAGCAGGAAAUUGCUGUUACUAGCAGUUCAACACUCUUACUCUUAGGCCACUCCAAGUGAUACUCUGGUUUCUGGUCCACCGCCCGCAUCAGAUUUUAUUCUUG